AUGCUGAUGCUGAUGCUGAUGCUCUUCUGGCUCCUGGCUCCAACUACACUGAAAAGGCUACGCACCAUAUGUGUCUGCAGGAGUUUUAUCGGCUUAGAUGAAAGCUACUAUAGGCCUGGUGAUCUCAUUAUUGGUGGGAAUUUGCCCUUGGGAAGCAUUUUAGAGUCUCCUGUCACAGACUUUAAUACACUCAAUCUUCUUUUCAAUAAUGCGUACAUCCACAGUUACUACCAGCAGUUCCUUGCAUUGAUGUUUGCUGUCUCUGAGGCCAAUAAGGAUUUUCUUCUGCUCCCCAACAUCACCCUUGGCUUCCACAUCUAUGGCCAUUACCAGAGGGAGAUAUAUAUUUCCUUAAACAGUCUCUCCAUGCUCUCCUCACGAGGCCAAGGGGUUCCAGGUUACAAAUGUGAUCAUCCGGACAUUCUGCUGUCGGUCAUUGGUGGUCUCAGUGCCAAAUCCUCACAACUGAUGGCCUCCAUCUUCAGCAUCUUUAAGGUCCCACAGUGGAACUGGGUUGGGCUUUUGGCCCCUGAAGAUGACAAUGGAGAACGUUUCAUUUCAACUCUGACGCCGAUGCUCCAGGAGAAGGAGAUCUGCCUGGCCUUCACUAUAAUGCUGAAACUAGAUGAUGUUCAAAUCACGAUGAAAAAGUUUGUUCUCAAUUUCCAUACCUGGUCUAAAGCAGAAGUGUUUAUUAUGUUUGGAGACUUCACUAUUACCAGUAAUGUAGUAAUGACGGUACAUUAUUUUGGAAAACUCAGAAAAGUGUCCUUAAUUAAAGUUUAUAUCUUCACUUCACAUUGGAAAAUUGGCGUGGAAGAAUCUGAAGAAACAUUGCAAUUUAUAAAGACUUUGCAUGGGGUCCUGCAUUUUAGGGACCAUUCUGGGGAUGUCUCUGAAUUCAGCAAGUUCCUCCUGUCUUUAGACCCCUUGAACCCCCAAGGAGACGUCUUUCUCCCUCAAUGGUGGGAAAGAGUCUUUGGCUGCAAGAUCCAUAAAUCAGGAAAGAUCCCUCCAAAGGGGGAAAAACAAUGUACAGGAAAGGAGAAUCUGCAGAAUAUGCCCAAUUACACUUUGGAAACAAGAAUGACAGGUGAAAGUUACAAUAUCUACAAUGCCAUUUAUGCUCUGGCACACGCUUUACAUGCAAUGCAUGGAUCCAGAGUCCGACCAAUGAGGCUUGGAAAGAGGAUCUCAGACAUCCAGUCAUGGCAGAUUCUUGCCUAUUUGAGGACCAUCCAGUUCAACAACAGUGCUGGAGAUGAAGUCUCCUUCUCAGAAGAUGGACUGGGAUCUGCUCGUUAUGAUCUUUUCAACUGGGUUCUCUUCCCCAAUAGAUCCUUUGUCCCCAUAAGAGUUGGGCAUGUAAAUCCUGAGGCUCCCCCAGGUCAGAAUUUCACCAUUAAAUCUGAUGGAAUCAUUUGGGCCACCAAGGACAAGGACCAAUGCAUUGCCAAGAAGGUCCACUUCCUUGCCUAUCAAGACACCCUGGGAUACAUCUUAGUUUUUCUUGCUCUUUUUCUCUCAGUGAUCACAUCUGCAGUUCUGGUGAUUUUCUAUAAACACCAUGACACACCAAUUGUCAAGGCCAACAACCGAGACCUCACUUACAUCCUCCUGGUCUCCCUAUUGCUUUGCUUCCUCUGUUCCUUCCUCUUCAUUGGUCAACCAGGGAAGGUCACCUGUCUCUUCCAACAAUCUGCCUUUGCAAUUCUCUUUUCCCUUGCAGUUUCCUCUGUGUUGGCAAAAACUGUCAUGGUGGUUCUGGCUUUCAUGGCCACCAAGCCAGGGAACAGGACAAGGAAACUCUUAGGAAAACCACUGACCAACUCCAUUGUCUUAGCUUGUCCCCUGAUUCAAGCAGUUCUUUGUGCCACCUGGCUGGGAACCUCUCCCCCUUUUCCUAACUUGGACUUCAACUCCCUAUUUGGAGAAAUCAUCUUGGAAUGCAAGGAAGGCUCAGCUUUAAUGUUCUACAUUGUCCUUGCCUACCUAGGUUUUUUGGCUUUCAUCAGUUUCACAGUGGCAUUUUUAGCUAGAAAAUUGCCUGACAGUUUUAAUGAAGCCAAAUUCAUUACUUUUAGCAUGCUGGUCUUUUGCAGUGUUUGGAUCACUUUCCUCCCCACCUACCUGAGCACCAAAGGGAAGUCCAUGGUGGCUGUGGAGAUCUUCUCCAUUUUGGCAUCUGGGGCUGCUCUCUUGGCUUGUAUCUUUUCCCCAAAAUGCUACAUUAUUCUACUGAGGCCGGAUCUAAAUUGUAGAGAAAAUAUAGUAAGGAACAAGAAUUUCUAACUAAUGCAACAAUUGGCCUCAUUUAUGUUUUUGAGGCAUAUUUAGAAUGUGAUAAAAUUUCUAAACUAUGAUAACAUGGAGGUAUGUGAGAAGG